AUGGGACGUCGACGACCGUCCAGCAAGUCAAAGGCAGGUGCAAAACCACGACCCGUGGACAGGAAAGACAGCAAAAUAAAACGGUGGAACAAACGCUCCGACGUUGAACUUGAUGAGGAAGACCAGUUCCAUGAGUCAAGAGAUAAAAUUACGUUGGACCAAGGAAGUGAAGGGGAUGAGGAUGAUUUUGGAGAGGAAGAAGUAUUUGCACUGCACGGCAUUUCAGACGACGAUGGAGAUGAAGCUGGUGGAGAGGCAGACGGUUUAGAAGAUGAUUCUGACGUAGACAUGGAGGAUGAAAAGGUCCCCCCAAAGAAGCAAAAGUCGUCAAAGUCCAAGUCCAAGAAGGCAAAGAAAGACUCUUCCCCGUCACCGGUGGAGGAAGAGGAGGAGACAUGGGGUCACGGAAAACGUGCUUAUUACUCGUCGAAUGCCGCAGAAAUAGGCUCGGAUGACGAGGAGGCUCAGGAAAUGGAGGAACAGGAGGCACGGAGGUUGCAAACCAAGGCACGCGAAGGACUCGCAGAUGAGGACUUUGGUCUCGGAGAGGCCAUUGAGGGAGACGUCCAGCCAGAGGAAACAGGGGAUGCACUAGACGUGGGAGCUCCUAUUAUCAAGGAAGUCCCAAAAGACAAGCAAUCAUUACUCCGUUUCCUUGAACGGGAAAACCCAGAAACCCUCGCACUCGCAAGGGACUGGGACGACACUGCACAGAGCCUUACAGAAACAGAAGCCCGCAUAGAAGCCCUGAAAGGUCCUGAAACCAACGCAAUGGAACUCGGGUUGCAGCACAUGUAUUACCAAGCAUUGCUAACAUACAUGACGACGCUCGCGUUCUACUUGCACAUGCGCGCGUCGGAGAAGUACGCUUCACGGCCACAACUUUUACGAAGCCAUCCCAUUCUCAAGCGCCUACUCACGCUCAAGCAGUCAAUUAACAUGCUCGAGAAUAUUGGUGUCCAUCAAGACAUGACAGACGAGGAUGAAGAAGAGGACGAGAUGGACGACCUUGACCUUGGGCUUGAACUCGAGGCUGAGACUGAGGAGGGUAAAGGCGAGACACUAUGGGAUCGCAUCAUGAAGCGAGGAUUGGAAUCGGAUGAGCUCGCCGAACUCAUAAAAGAUGCGGAAAUGUCUUCACCACCCCCCUCCUCACCCAAGCGCAGCGUAUCGAAAAAGGCUUCCAAGUCUUCUGCCGCCAAGGAGAAAAGCUUCCGUCCCGUCAUUCGUCGUCCUCCGUCGACGGAAAGCCGCCAAAGAAAAAACGCAAAACAGCCCCCGACUUCACGUCCUGCCAAGAAAUCAAAAUCCAAAAACAAGGGUGCUGCGAUUCCCGUCGAUACCUCCGAUACCGUCGUCGAUCCCUAUGGCGAAGUUACCGCUCUCUCUCACGCCGAUGCGCACGACAAACAAGCACGCAAGAAAUCUCUGCGGUUCCACGUAUCGCGUAUCGAAUCUUCCAGCGCUCGUCGGCAAAACGCGCGCACCAACGCUCUGGGCGGUGACGACGACAUUCCGUAUCGGGAACGCAAAAAAGCACGUGAGACCAAGCUGGAAAAGGAGAGACAAAAGGACAAGAAACUCGGCACGGGUGGGGACGAUUUGGAUGAUGUCGACCCUGAACUCGGGAGCCCUAAUGGGGCUCCUUCUGAUAUUACUUCUGCUAUGAGCCACAAAUCAAAGAAGCGAAGGCGCGGAAUGGAAGGUGGCGACGAUGGCGUUCAGGAGAGUCAUCAUGAUGAUGGCUUGGGGUAUUAUGAUCUUGUCAAAUCGGCUGUUGCCAACAAGAAGGCGAAAAAGAAAGCCGAUUAUGAAGCUGCGGUCGCCGUGUCCAGGCCAGAACUCGAAGACGACAAAUCGUCAGGUCCCAGGUCGAUAUCUCGCGCUAUCUUAAAGAACAAGGGACUCACUCCCAAUCGGCCCAAGAGCGUCCGGAAUCCGCGCGUCAAGAAACGACAAAAAUACGAAAAAGCGAAGAAAAAGGUGUCCUCACAGAGAGCUGUUUAUAAAGGUGGUAUUGGAGAUAUAUCCAAGUACGAGGGCGAGAAGUCGGGUAUUUCCAAGGUUGUUAAGAGCGUUGCAUUGGGAUAA